GAGCCUCGUGCGGGUGAUGUCUGACGGCAUCACCACGCGCCCGAGUUGCCUGGCGCUGGUGGGCUGUUUGAAGACCCCUGGACUUGUUUGGAGAUUUUACUGGACAACAUGAGUACAGAGGUCUCUGAAAAACCUGGUGAGGAAGGAGGGAGUACUGGAGGAGGCACUGGGAUUGUAGGGACACGUUAUGACUUAGAGAAGGAGACUGAGCUGCGCUUUGAAGUGGAGUCUGGAGAGCGGGUCCAGCUAGAACUCCUGACUGGCAUGGGCGAAGUGUUCGGCUCUGAACUGAACAGAAAUAAGAGGUACACGUUCGGCCCAGGCUCUAAGAUCGCUGUGUUCACCUGGCAGGGCUGCAGCCUCUCACUCUCAGGAAAAACAGAGGUGGCAUAUAUCUCUAAAGACACACCAAUGUUGUUGUAUCUGAACACACACGCUGCACUGGAGCAAAUGAGACGACAAGCUGAGAGAGACAAUGAGCGGGGUCCAAGGGUCAUGGUGGUGGGCCCAACUGAUGUAGGGAAGUCCACAGUGUGUCGGGUGUUGUUAAACUACGCUGUCAGGCUGGGCAGGAGGCCCACGCUGGUGGAGCUGGAUGUCGGCCAGAGUAGCGUGUCUGUUCCUGGGACUAUGUCAGCGCUGUGCAUUGAGCGCCCAGCAGAUGUAGAGGAAGGCUUCUCUGUGCAAGCUCCUCUUGUUUUUCACUUUGGCUCCACUACACCAGGGACCAACAUUAAACUCUAUAACAAGCUGACAUCAUGCCUGGCGGAGGUGUUCUCCCAGCGCUGUGAAGUAAACCGCAGGGCAAGUGUAGGAGGCUGCAUCAUCAACACCUGUGGCUGGGUGAAAGGUUCUGGAUACCUGGCCUUGGUCCACUGUGCUUCAGCCUUCCAGGUGGACGUGGUCCUGGUCUUGGAUCAAGAGCGCCUCUACAACGAGCUCAAACGUGACCUCCCACACUUUGUCCGUGUUGUCCUCCUGCCCAAGUCUGGUGGUGUUGUGGAGCGUUCCAAGGAUUGUAGACGGGAAACGCGUGACGACAAGAUCCGUGAGUACUUCUACGGCUUCCGUGGAACAUCCUUUUACCCACAUGCUUUUGACGUGCGCUUCUCAGAUGUGCGCAUUUACAAGAUUGGGGCACCCUCCAUCCCGGACUCCUGCCUGCCGUUGGGCAUGUCACAAGAUGACACGCAACUAAAGCUGGUACCUGUGAGCCCUGGCCGAGACCUGACCCACCAUGUUCUCAGCGUCAGCUGUGUAGAGGAUGAGGUCGAUGGUGGCUCAGGACAAAGUAGGGGUAUUCUGGAGAGCCCAGUGUGUGGGUUCAUCGUGGUUACAGCUGUGGACACUCAGGCUCAGGUGAUGACCGUACUUUCACCUGCACCACGGCCACUGCCCCGGCACACUCUGCUCAUCAUGGACAUUCGCUUUAUUGACCUCAAAUAGAAAUGUAUGCUCGGGACUGUUUGAUCAGAGAACAUCACAAAACUGUUAAAAGUUUAUUUGAGUUUCUGUUUUGCUUCCAAUUGCAGUAGUUUUAAAAUAAUUUGCAUAUUUCCACACUCAGACAAAAAAAAAUAAUAUUUUUAAAUUUUAUCACUUUUUAAAAGAGUGGUUCUGACAGUUGCUUAAUGAUAAACAACUGACCAAUAAAAAUGCUCUAAAUUAUUUUUUUUUUUUUACAUUGACUUUCAUUGGAUAUUUUGUAUGUUUUUUUUUUUUUUGGGAGAGACCAGCUUUUUGUGUGACUGUAGACAAAUUAUUCUUUUUUUAAUGAAAGACAUUUUUGUAUGUCUGCAAGAAUAAAUGCUUCUUUUCAUUA